GCCUAUUUUCAGGUUUCAUCACUCCCAGACUCUCAACUUGCCUUUGCUUUUGCUUUAUGUGUUUUCCUUCAAAAUUGAAACCAAAGCCGUAUAAUCCAUUUUUGCAUCGAUGACCCAUAAUUUCUGCUCUUUUUUCAUUCGUGUAUCUGCACUUGUACAUGUAAAGUUUUGAACUUUUUUGUGGGUUAUGUGUACAGUGUACUGGCUUUUGGGUUCUGGGUGUUGCUAUUUUGAUGCUCAUUUGAGGCGAUUGCAGGCGAAGAAUGCUCGUUGGUUUUUCUAGAUCGUGCCCAGAUCUUGACGCUUCUUGAUUUUGCUGAAAAAGUUGGAAAUCUUUAUAAGAGUGGAACGAAGGGAAACCUUGAGCUGUUGACAGCAGAAUCGUAUCAAGCAUGCAUGUUUGCUUUGGGUGGUGGAGAAUAUACCAUAUGCAAAGUGGGCUAGAUCCUCACUGAAUUACAUAUGAUCGCAAAACCAAGCAGAUACUCAAUGUGCCACAUGUAAUAUGCAUCCUUCACCUCCUUCUGGUUCUUAGUGAUUGACUUGUAAACUGUGGUUUCGCUCACUUGAAGAGGAUUGUAUUUUUUGCUCCAAGUGAUGAUUAAAAAUUUCCUCAAUAAGAUUCCGCGGAAGCAGGGCAAGUUAGCGGAAAAUCGUGAUGGAGAAUCUUAUGCUUUCUCUUCAAAUGCUUCAACUACUUUGAGAAGCAAUCUUGCUACUGGUUCCCGGUCAGGCAAUUCAAAUGCUGCAGUUAUUCCUGGGUUGAUUCCAAACUCUGAUCCACGUUAUGGGAACAAUCUUCAUGACCCAUUAAAGGCAAAGGUAAAUGGGGGUGUAGGAACUGUACCAUAUGAGGCACUUCCUAGUUUUAGAGAUGUCCCAAAUUCUGAGAAGCAAAACUUGUUUAUCAGAAAGUUGAGUUUAUGCUGCGUAGUGUUUGACUUCACCGAUCCCACGAAGCAUUUGAAAGAAAAAGAUAUAAAAAGGCAGAUGUUGGUGGAAGUUGUGGACUAUGUCACUUCAGCAACUGGGAAAUUCAACGAAGCCGUUAUGCAAGAGAUGGUAAAAAUGGUAUCUAUAAAUUUGUUUCGCUCACUCUGUGGUCAGCCUCGUGAAAACAAAGUCGUAGAAGGCUUUGAUUUGGAAGAAGAGGAGCCCUUGAUGGAUCCUGCAUGGACCCAUUUGCAAAUUGUCUAUGAAUUCCUUCUCAGGUUUGUAGCUUCUCCAGAGACAGAUGCAAAGCUGGCAAAGCGCUACAUUGAUCACUCUUUUGUUCUAAAGUUAUUAGAUCUCUUUGAUUCAGAAGAUCCUCGAGAAAGGGACUACUUAAAGACUGUCCUGCACCGCAUAUAUGGAAAGUUCAUGGUGCAUCGCCCAUUCAUUAGAAAAUCAAUCAACAACAUAUUCUACCGUUUCAUUUUUGAAACAGAGAAGCAUAAUGGGAUCGCAGAGCUGUUAGAAAUUUUGGGAAGCAUUAUAAAUGGAUUUGCAUUGCCAUUGAAAGAAGAACACAAACUUUUCCUUGUUCGCGCUCUCAUUCCACUGCACAAACCAAAGUGCAUACCCAUGUAUCAUCAGCAGCUAUCUUACUGUAUCACACAAUUUGUGGAGAAGGACUGCAAACUUGCUGAUACUGUCAUAAGGGGCUUACUCAAAUACUGGCCGAUCACAAACAGUUCAAAGGAGGGCAUGUUCUUAAGUGAGCUAGAAGAAGUGUUGGAAGCAACUCAGGCGCCUGAGUUCCAGCGUUGUAUGGUUCCCUUGUUCCACCAGAUUGGUCGUUGCCUGAGCAGUUCACAUUUUCAGGUGGCAGAAAGGGCUCUGUUUUUAUGGAACAAUGAUCAUAUUGAGAACCUGAUCAAACAAAAUCGUAAAGUUAUACUGCCGAUUGUCUUCCCUGCAUUGGAGAAGAAUGCAAGAAACCACUGGAACCAAGCAGUGCGGAGCUUGACGCUUAAUGUCCGAAAAAUCUUCUCGGGUGUGGAUCCUGAGCUCUUUGAGGAGUGUUUGCUCAAAUUCCAAGAAGACGAGGCACAAGAAGAAGAAACUAAGACGAAGCGUGAAGCAGCAUGGAAACACCUGGAGCAAAUAGCUACAAUGAAGGCCGCUAGCAAUGAAGCAGUGCUUGUUCCUCACAGGACAAGCACCAAUAAACCAUCUGGCUGAAGCAAGCAAGAGUUUUUUUUGUUUGAGAUCGACUUGGAGGUGAAACUAUGAAUUGGAAGUGCAUAUUUUCUUGAUUACUUUCAUUUUCACGUUUCCAAGUCCCAUCCCCAUCCGUUCAGGCGGGAUAAGGGAAGCCAUUGAAUCAAGAAUGAUAGUCAUAGACCUUGACCUUGCCUGUAUAUACAGAAUUGGGCAGGCAACCGGAGGAGGUUAUAGAUUCUUGACUACAUGUUGCAUGCAUGGAGGAAAUUUAUUAGCAAAUUGAUAUUUCUCUCUCUCUCUCUCUCUCUAUAUAUAUAUAUAUAUAGCUGUUGGAAUGAUGUCUAAGAGCAGAACUGCAUUUGGUGGUUUUUGAACUGGGCUUCAUUUUCUGUACUCUGAUAUAGGAUUGGUAUGUGUAUGUAUGAAGAAUGCAUGGCAUGAAAUGCCACUUGAGAUUCAUUC